GUUAUGUUAUUGUUAUUGCACCAUGUUAACAUUUAUUAUUUAUUUCGCCGCAAAGUUGAAUGUAAAUAAUGGUUGAUAUAAACAAAUACCUCGAAAGUCAACUGGCGCUUGCCAAGCAAAAAUGUGACAUAAAAACGAACUCUAAAAAGUCUUCGGUGUCAGAGAAAAGUAAGGUGGCCGCCGAAUUAAUAUCUAAGAAACAGGACAAAACUUUGGUGAAUAAAAAAUGUUCUAAUUCUAAACAUGAACUGAGGGAUAAUGUAGAGGUAUCACAUAUUCCUACUCCUAGUACGUCUGCGGCGCGGGACUCUGAUGAAGGCAGUGAAUAUUUACCUUCUGGCGAAGACGAAGAAGAUGCGGAGAUUCCUAACAUUAACAUCCCUGCAUUCCCCACUACGUCGCGCACCAGACAAAAUUUGAAGAAAAUAAUAGAUGACGGGGACACACAUCUCUACAAUGAAAGGUUAGACAUCUGGAAAAAAAACCUCGCAGCAGCUCGCGCUGGGAAUUAUGAAGGAGAGUCAAUGUCUGCAGAUAUCAACCAUGUUCUAGACGGCAACAAGGAUGUGGAUGAAUUACAUGAACUGCAAAAUGGUCUUAAUGUCCCUACUUACAUUUGGAAGCAAUUGUACAAGUAUCAAAAGAUUGGUGUCAAGUGGUUAUGGGAGUUGCAUCAGGUGCAGUCUGGAGGUUUACUUGGAGAUGAGAUGGGAUUAGGAAAAACUGUACAAAUUAUAGCAUUCCUAGCCGGACUGUCCAAGACCCACCUAGGCAGCUGGGGUGGACUAGGCCCUUCCAUAAUUGUGGCACCGGCCACUGUUAUUUUCCAGUGGGUAACACACUUUCACUACUGGUGCCCUUACAUCAGAGUUGCUGUGCUCCACCAUUCUGGCUCUCACUCUGGAAAUCACAACAGACUUAUUCGGGAUCUGCAUGAUUCUCAUAGCAUCUUACUCAUAACAUAUGCUGGUGUUGUCAAAUACAGCAAAGACCUAAUGGCCAGAAAAUGGCAUUACAUGAUAUUGGAUGAAGGCCACAAAAUCAGGAAUCCUGAAACUCAAGUUAGUAAGCUUGUUAAGAAAUUUCAGACACCUCACAAAAUACUAAUUACUGGAUCUCCUAUGCAGAAUAGCUUACAAGAACUUUGGUCAUUAUUUGACUUCAUGAGACCUGGCCUUCUUGGUACUUAUAAUGCAUUUUUGGAAUAUUUCGCUCAACCAAUAACCCAAGGAGGAUAUGCCAAUGCUACUGAAUUCCAAGAAGCAACAGCUUUCGAAAUUGCAAAAGCACUUAAAAAUAUGAUCACACCAUACAUGUUGCGCAGAACCAAAGCAGAAGUGCAGGAGCAUAUAAAAUUGCCUGAGAAAAAUGAACAAGUACUUUUCUGUGCAUUGAGCCAGGAACAGAGGGACCUGUAUAUGGGUUAUCUCAUGAGUUCAACUGUAAGGAGUAUUCUAGAUAAAGAAAGCAGAUAUGGUGAUCCACUGAGAGCCAGAGUAUUAGUUGCUCUAUCAACAUUAAGAAAAAUCUGCAAUCAUCCUGAUCUAUACUUAUAUGAAGCACAAGAGGAAUGCGAAAAAAUUGAUGAACAAUCUUUUGGUUCUUGGAAAAGGUCUGGUAAAAUGACAGUAGUACAUUCUCUUUUAAAGAUAUGGCAGAAGCAAGGCCACAGAGCCUUGAUAUUCUCACAAUCAAGAGUGAUGUUAUGUUUACUGGAACAGUAUUUACAAAGCCAAGAUUAUAAAUAUUUAAAAAUGGAUGGCACAGUGAGUGUUGGUAUUAGACAAAGCCUAAUUAAGACCUUUAAUGAAAAUCCAGAAUAUCUGGUAUUCCUGGCAACAACACGAGUGGGAGGCUUAGGAGUAAAUCUGACGGGGGCUGAUAGGGUAAUUAUUUAUGACCCCGAUUGGAAUCCAGCCACAGACAGCCAAGCCAAAGAAAGAGCUUGGAGAAUUGGUCAGCAGAGAAACGUAACUGUGUAUAGACUUUUAUCUGGAGGAACUAUUGAAGAAAAAAUAUACCAAAGGCAAAUAUUCAAACAUUUUCUAAGCAAUAAAAUACUAAUUGAUCCAAAUCAGAAGAAUGUUCUAACAACUAGCACAUUACAAGGUCUUUUCACUUUUGACGAACCAAAUUGCGAAGGAGAUACUGAAACUGCAGCUCUUUUUAAACAUACAAAGGUCAAUGUGAAUCAUAGAAAACAAGAAACAAAUAUCCAAGUACUUAAAAACAGUAGAGACUCUAUAUCAAAAAAAAAAUUAGAAGAAAUGAGAAGAAGAGCUAGGGAAAUAAGCAGAAAAAUUGCAAGUAAUGUUAAACCAAAAACCUCAGCAGGUGCAGAAGAUCCUCGAGAAAAGUACAAGAAAAAAAGAGACUUCCUUUUGAAUCCUCCUGUAGUCCAUCCACCAGAAUUCAAUUUAAUUGAUGACAAAGUAACCAAUGUUCCAUUUGACAGUGUUUUAUCAGAGUUAGAUAUUAUUAACAUGCACUCCAAAAAGGAUUAUGAAGAAAAUUUACUCAAAGAGGCACUUAAAAACAAAGAGACCGAAUUAGAGGAGGGUGAAGUGUCUGGUGAUGGAGAUGAUGAUGUUAUGCAAAAUGUAGAUAUUAUGAACAAUUCUGGUAACCCAGAAAUUGUUAGUGGUGGUGAAGAUUCUGCGCACAAAAAGGAAUCAUCAAUACCAUUAGAAAUUGUACCUGAUAGUAAAAUAGAGAAUGAGAUUCACAGUGAAACGAAUGAUCAAUCAAACCCACCAGAAAAUGUACUUAAUAUUGAAGAUAGCAAAACUUCUCGUAAGCAUCACAAAUCAAAACGCAAAAGAAAACAUUCCUCAGACAUUUCUGAACCAGAAAUAGAGAACCUGAUAGCUGUGAAAAAGGUCAAGAAGAAGAAAAGUAAGAAAGAAAAAGAAAAGCAUCACAAUGACGACGACUAUGUUUUGAGCAAAUUGUUCGCCAAAGCUGGAGUAAAGAAUGCAUUACAGCAUGACGUAGUUGUAGGUUUAGCUGAAAAAGAGAAGAGACAUAGGUUGAAAGAAGAAGCUACAAAAAAAGCGAGACGCGCAGUUAGAGCUGUAAAGUUCUCUACAAAGUAAUCUCAAAACAAUUGUAGUUUAAGGAACAUGUU